GGGUCAAACUUCAGGCCUAGUCCAAAAGGCCUAGACAUGUUGAUGUCUCAGGGGGUUAGCAAGGAACUGGCGAUCAUGGCACUCAAAGCUAGUAAUAACAGGGUUGUUGCUGCGGAGGCAUGGCUUUUCCAGCAGAAUGAAGAACAGACAACUGAAAGCCCAGUGGUGGAGAGUUCUUCUGAGGGAGAAAUGUCUGGUACAUGUAUGCCACAGGCCAGCACUGAUGGAGGAUUACCGGCAUCUGUCUCUUGUCAUCCUCCAGGAUUCUGUCCAGAUCAGGAAGCCAUGUCUGCUCUAUUGGAACUGGGAUUACCCAGGGAGAAAGUCGUGAAAGCCCUAGAGGCUACGAAUAACAACGUGGAAGAGGCAUCAGAGUGGAUCAUUCAGAACACGGCCGAGCUGAAGGCAGCUGUGGAAAACUUACUCAAGGUGAAUCAGACUACAACUGCUACAAAUGCUCAAGAAAAUAUCACUGAAGCAAAGAAUUUAAUAACUGAUGCUGGAGUAGCUAACAAGUCAAACAACACAGCCUCCCCUCCAGAAUUACCUACUUCCCAGGGUACGAUCUGUGAAAAUGGCAGACAUGUUCCCAAGGAGGACAGCUACCCUCUGACCCCUGGAGGAGAUCAGCAUGGUGACGGUGAGGACAGUGAGGAUGACAUGCCAUCAUUGGAGGAUGAUGAUGAUGAGGAAAUACCAGAGUUAGAGUACGACACAGAUGAUGGCCUGAGCAAUGACUCAAACUCUGUCAGCACAGAGUCUGACACACAGAGAAUCUCUAUCUUUGUUGGCAACUUCCCAUACGGAACAACACAGGUGGAGUUACUGGAGAUAUUCUCAGAAUAUGAACCAACCAAGAUAACAAUGAUCAACAACAGUGACCAGUACAGAACGACCUAUGCCUUCCUUGUACUGCCUACUAUGGAGUUAGCCGAGGCUGCCAUAGAGGAGAUGAGUGGAGAGUACUAUAAUGGCAGAGCACUUCUGGUAGGCAUGGCCUUUAUCGACAGGGGCUACAAUGAGCCACCUGAUGAAGAAGACCCUAACACUGAAGAAAAUGAUGAUGGGGAGAAUGAGUCAUCAACUAGUGGUCUCUCGGAAUCCGUCCAGCUGUUUGAUUCACUCAUGAAAACUCUCUGGCCAGAUUGCCGUCUGCUGGAACACGGCAUAUAUGGCCGACUGGAUAUAAAUGUCACCUCUGUCGUCGAUGAUCAUUUCUUUUACGGACAUGUCACUGACUUUGGAAAAGAGAUGCUUCUUCUGUCUGCCCUGAAUGAGGAGCUCAACCAGGUGUGUCACAGAAUGCUACCCGAGAAGAGGAUUCCUAUGCACAGGUGUGCAGCUUUGUUUGAGGGGAACUGGUACAGAGCCUAUAACAUGGGUCAGUGUGGCCAGGGCAAGCAGCAGGCCGUUCUCUUUGUGGACUAUGGAAACAUUGAGUCCCUGCCUGCCAGAGAAUUGAGACGUCCUGAUCCCAGGUUCUGGGAGGCUCCAGCUGUGGCUAAGUUAUUCCGGCUUGUGGUGGGUUCUUUGGCAGAUCAUCCAAACAUUGAGGGCUCUACGAUUAAAAUUGCCACGAUACCCAAAAAAGAUUGUGAAGAAAUGAACUCCAUCACACAUGUAAAAAUCAUAGACUUUCUAUGAGUUUAUCAAGCGUUUUGAAGGAGAAAUACAAACGAGGAACACCUGAAAUAAUGAAAUUUUGGAUCUCACAGAAUGCCAUUUCUUAUGUACAAUGCAAGAUGUUGCCUGGUGCGCUGGAACCAGGAGAAAUUAUUUGUGUUCUGGAACAAACAAGGUUUUUCUGUUCUGGAACAUGUAAUAAAAGUACAAAUAGGAAGACAUUUCUAAUCCUAGAACCAACAACCCAUGUCUAUUCUGUUCAAGACAAGCAAGACUAUUCUGUUCAGGAACCAGCGAGAUGUUUCUGCUCUGGAACCAGUGAGGCCUUUCUGGUUUAGAACCAAUAGGUUUUUGUUUUGGAAGUUACCAAGAUGUUUCUGCUGAGGAAACAAGAAGCUCUUUAACUGGAGGUUUCUGUUGUGAAAGCAACAAGAUGUGUCUGCUGUAGAAACAGGAAGCUCUUUACCCAAGAGGUUUCUGUUCUGAAAGCAACAAGAUGUGUCUGCCGUAGAAGAAAGAAGCUCUUUACAUGGAGGUUCCGUUGUGGAGGCAACAAGAUUUGUCUGCUGUAGAAACAAGAAGCUCUUUACCUAAGAGGUUUCUGUUCUGAAAGCAACAAGAUGUGUCUGCCAUAGAAGAAAGAAGCUCUUUACAUGGAGGUUCCGUUGUGGAGGCAACAAGAUGUGUCUGCUGUAGAAACAAGAAGCUCUUUACCCAAGAGGUUUCUGUUCUGAAAGCAACAAGAUGUGUCUGCCGUAGAAGAAAGAAGCUCUUUACAUGGAGGUUCCGUUGUGGAGGCAACAAGAUGUGUCUGCUGUAGAAACAGGAAGCUCUUUACCUAAGAGGUUUCUGUUCUGAAAGCAACAAGAUGUGUCUGCCGUAGAAAAAAGAAGCUCUUUACAUGGAGGUUCCGUUGUGGAGGCAACAAGAUGUGUUUGCUGUAGAAACAAGAAGCUCUUUACCUAAGAGGUUUCUGUUCUGAAAGCAACAAGAUGUGUCUGCCGUAGAAGAAAGAAGCUCUUUACAUGGAGGUUCCGUUGUGGAGGCAACAAGAUGUGUCUGCUGUAGAAACAAGAAGCUCUUUACCCAAGAGGUUUCUGUUCAAGAAACAAUAAUAUGUUUCUGCUGUGGAAGCAAGAAGCUCUUUCCCCAAGAGGUUUCUGUUCUGGAAGCAACCAACUUUUUCCAUUGCAGAACCUGUAAAUCUUCCCUGUGUAUAUUGCAGUAACAUUGUAGAGUAACACUAGUUUUGUAUGUUGUACUAUAGAUCUAAAAUCUAAAAUAGAAGAUAUAGUCUUUCUGCUGGGUUACAGAAGUUGUGUGAUGUCAUGAUUAUCACUUUGAUAACACUGGAAUUUCUGGAACACUGUUGCUCUACUAGUCUCAGUAACAGCCAUAAGGAACAUGGUGUACACAGACAAUGUGAUACUUCAAAGUGUUUUCGUUCUGUUGUGGAGUCUAUCUUGCAAACAAGAGAGAUCUGUGGGCGACAAUGGGCAAUGGUUGGUUAUAUUUGUUUGUUGUUGUCGUAUGAUUGAGGUUUUAAGUUUGAUAUCUCAUUUCUUAAUGGAUUAUUUCAUUGUAUGAAACAGCAUUGUAUGAAACUGUAGACAACAAAUUGAAAUUGGCAAGUUGAAUAAGAGCUAGUGAUUGCCUAUAGGAUUAUUGUCUCGUGAUUAAGCUAUUGUCUCGUGAUUAAGCUAUUGUCUCGUGAUUAAGCUAUUGCACUUUUCAUUUUAGUAUCGAUGGCAGUCACUUGACAAAGCUUAUAGAAAGGUAGCGGUAAUACUAAUUUGAUUCACCCAGGUUAAAUUUCUUAAUUGGAAAAAGUGUUUAGAGAUACAGAAUUAAUUCUGAUUGGCUGGUGUGAGAGACAGGGAUUUCCAGGCUAUGUCUAACCUAAGCUGAAUUUUAGACAUACCUGAUUUAUGUAACCCAGGGUGUACAACCCAGGAAAACCCAGUCUCCACUAUCAGCCAAUCAGCUGUGAUUCUGUAUUCCUUUAAAUCAGCACAAAUGUGCAAUCGCUCCUAAGAUUCUGUGAAAAGAGGCUAAUGUUUUUUAAAUUAGUACUGUUGUUCUUUGUCCAAAAUGAGUAUUACUUCAUAAAGUAAGGAUUUUAAACAGUUCAAUUUUUUUGUAGUUUCUCAUCAUAUUUGUUUCUUUUUUUAACACAACUUUACCAAGGAGCUUUAUACAUGUAUCGUUGGUUAAAUUAUUGUCCAUGUUAUUUAGAUGCCAUAAUUUUACUUCAAUCAGGAAACAAUUGCACAUGGUGAUUUUUGUCCACUGUCUAAUAAGUGUGAAAUUAAGAUACAUUUAUUUUAACAAAGUAAGUCAGAAAUUUUAGCUUCUGGGGCCCAGGAAUUUCAAAUCAGUAAGAAAGAGGCCAACAUUAAAAAUGUAUUUGCUGUGUGUGAAUCCACAGAUCCUCCAAAAAAGACCUCAGUCUGAAAUAUUUUUGGGAUGGGGGUCAGGAGGGGGUGGGGGGUGCUGAGGAGAGAUUUAAAUAAAAGCCUUGUCCAUGUUCUCCAUGAUAAUUUCUCUAAAAUCCCUAUCUUUGUGAAUAGCCAGAAUAAUAAGAAAAAUGAAUUCCCUAUAGACUGAUUCUGUUUUUUCUGAUAGGGUCGAACUUUGCUUUACAAAGAAUUUUUAAAGAUGGCCUGAUGUGCAUGUGGUACAGGUGUUCACCUCUUCAGCUUCCAUAAAGCCACCUUAGAAUUCGAAUGUUUGAGCGCAUUUAACUCUUUUUCUCAAAAUUGAAAUAAAAUAAAUGAAAGUUUAUUUGUCCAUAGUUUUAAGUGGUAUAUUUAGUGAUGCCUACUUUGAUUUUUACAGCUUUUUCUUUUAAAGUGUUUUAUUUCUAUGAUGUUUAUGUGGAGUGAAUCUGGGUGCCCAGAGUAAACCAACUUGGAACAAGUUACUGACAAGACCUCACACCUGUGAUGUAAUAGUGGGAAGGCAACUGAUCUUCAGCGGACUUCACGCAGGACUAGGGGAAAACUGUUGAGAGCUUAUCAAAGCCCAGAGAACAGUGGAGACUGGGAAUGUCAGUGAUUCCCCCUGUUACAGCCCUCUGUCCUGCCCCUCUCCUCCCAAAUCUAAUGAAACCUGUAGUAAAUACUAAGGCAACCGGUGGUGUUAUGUUUGGUUGGUGGAUGUUUAAAUGAAGACAUACCUAUGCCGUAAAGAUCACAUGAUCAAUUAAAAUGUUUGUUCCACAGGUAAUAUUAAUCUUGUUUCAGUGCCCUGGGAGAGUAUAAAAAUAAAACUGAAAAAUCAUUUAAUUUGGGGGAUAUGCGGGGUGUCUAAGCAAUUGUUAAAUCUGACAUAUUUAAGUCAAUGGAAAGCCUUCAGAAAUUGGAAAAUCACAAAGAACAUCUGAUCUGAUCAAAUGAAAAGGUUGAUUUUCAGUUUUAUCUUUAUUUCAUGUUUGGAUUUUUAGUGUCAGCUUGCCUGAAAAGCACGAAAUAAAAUUGAUGUUGUCUAAUGGUUGUCCUGGAACGGUAUUGUUACGGACAUGCAUGUGAGUUUACAGCAGACUCACAGCCAUAGCUGGCCAGUAUAUGUGAGUUUACAGCAGGCUCACAGCUGUAGCUGGACAGUAUAUGUGAGUUUAC